CUCAGUCUGAAGUAAGUUCUGAACAGGAGGAUUGCACCGAUGAGUGAUGAGCUGAGUGUUUUCUUUGCCAUUUUUUCUUCAAGCGUAUCACAGUGUUGCAUAUUGCAUUACCCAGGAGUUACAAAUCUAUUUUCACGUCCGAUGUUACCCUGAUGAGGCAGAAUGGCGCACCGUGCCGUGGGGCUUGAACUACUGUCGGACGUACCACCUGGAUGUGGUGCUGCGAAAGGUGUUGUGCAGAGACGAAAAGACCCUGUGCAAGCUACCAAUGGAACGUUUUUCGUAGCUGGGGCUACGAACAACGCUCAGACGAUACAUUUGCACAUCGACGGAUUAAAGGAUGAGAGUGGUCAGAAGCUCAUUGAAGAGGAGCUUGUUCGAGUCAAGGGGGUGAUAAGCUUCACCUUCAACAUACCGCGCCAGCGGUGUACAGUACGGUGCAAAGGAAACGUCCAUCCAUCGCGGUUAUGUCGUGCGAUUUCUGACAUCGACGAUAUGGAGGCGCAGCAGGUCGUGAAGAAGGAAACUGGAGAAGAAAUGCUGAUGUCAUUUGUCUCUGUCACAGAGGCAUUUGAGCCUUCCCCGAGGAUGCCUGACUACCUGCCCGAAGAAGAUCCAACCAUUCCAGAUAAUGCUGUGUUGCGGCAUGGUGAGGAUGCUAAUGGUGAGGGCUGGCUAAGUAGUGCAGCGCGCUUCAUUGCUCAAUCACUCUACUGGUAAAGAGCAGCACCCAAACAACAUAAAACAGCAAUCAUUACAGAUGGUUCAAACUGUGCUAUUUUAAGGAAACAUCAUCCAUUCCCACCUUGCAUCACUUGAUAUUACCGUUCAUUUCCUCGGCUUCUUUCUUUACGUUUUCCUAUUUACCGGGCAUUGUGUAAAUAGUUUCGUAGUUUGCAGACCUGCAUGCAUCGACAACGAUCGAUGUUCCCCCCCCCCCCCCUGCCCGUUUUAAUAAUUGUUUCUCAUUUUCAAUCUGUAGUCAGGUUGCUUGUUUUUCGUUAGUAUCUCAUUUAAGAUUUUUGUUGUUUUAUUAUAGUCAUUGUACAUACCGUAGACCACUUUCUUCUUUGUAUCGUUUCCAUUGCUUUCUUUCCUGUUGCAUCUCAUCUACCUUCUUUUAUAGUUGCAGUGUCGUCAGCGCUUUUAGCGGUGUACAUAAUUUCUGUUUUGCGUUCAUACUUUACUUAUCUUUACAUUCUGUUUUAGGAUGCCAUUCUCAAUUCUCAAUGCGACCUGUGUGGACAACA